AUGGAUUUGGCGGAGAAGCGUCGACAGUUGGAUGAAAUCCGCGCGGCGCGGGAGGCAAAGCAGCGUUCUGUUCAGCAGCAGCUCCAGCAGCAACAGAAGAAGGGCAGCCAACAUCAUGUGUCUUCCUCAUCCCUUGCGCGCAGCGGCACUCCGCAAUCGUCGAUGGCGUCGUCCGUGGGCGGGGAUCCUUUGAAUCGUGUGGCCUCGACGUUGUCGGCGGUGAGUGUGCGGGAGGAGCAGCAGACGGGGGAUUCAAGGACGACGUCGGCCGCAGCGUCAAGACGACCACCGGUUACACUGUCUACAAGGAUUUCUUCUGGUGAUUUGCGUUCUAAAGUCAACCGUCGUGGCACGGGGAGUGGCACUACCGAGGCUGUGGGAGGGGAAGGCAGUGCGUGGAAGGUGGAGGUGGGCGUUGGGGCUUUUGCGCUGAAGCCAACUGUAGAAGAGGGGGAAAAUGACCAUAGCGUUCAAGAUGGCAUGAUGGCUGCCUCCGUUGUGGGUGUUUUGUCGGCCCUUGAGGUGGAGGAUGCAAGUGCGUGCGCCACAGAACGAACUCAGGAUUGUGAGGCGAGCGGACAGCAGCGUGUUGUGCCCCCGCCUGACGUCGCAAUGCUGCUGGCACAUUCGUUGCGUGCAGAAUCGUUUUGCAACUGCAAGGACCGCUGUGUGUUGGAUGUCGUCAUGCUGGACCCAAAGAUUCCUGGUGGAAACACAGGUGUGAGUGACGAUUGCAGCGGCUUUCUUGUUGCUUUUGCCCUUUCAGAGCCGCAUCAAGCGGAUGAACAGAGCGACAGUGCCCCCAAAUUGCACUCUGGGCGUGGGAUUGACGCACAGUCGCUGUUACCACUACCGUUGUCCACCUCCACAGCAACGACCGCAGCAGCCGUGGCGGAGGUUCUCGGUGAGCUUCGUGGUCUCGUGCUUCUUUGGUGCAUCUCUCGCGGUAAAACUGGUGAUGCUAGUUACAGUGUUAUACCCCUGUGUUUUGACAGCGAAAUACGCGUUUUGACGUACACACGACAUCGACAACAUUUAUUGUUUGGUGGCGCUGCGAACGGCUGUGUGGUUGGGUGGAGGAUUGAUCAUGCUUUGCAGGGACACUCUUGUGCUGUGAUUGCGAAUGGUUUGGAGCGUUUCUCUGUAGCUCCGUCUUUAAUGCCGUUGCCUGCGGGGGGUGUUGCCGCUGUGGAACCGAGCGAACGGUCAUUUCCAUCACCACAUACGCAUCAGUCUCGUGUGAUUGGCAUGGCAGUUCACGGUGAUGUCAACUAUCACCAUCUUUACACUAUCAGUCAAGAUGGACGUGUUUGCAUGUGGGCGCCGCUACAGUUGGGGCUGCCUACGUCGAGUCGUGACGGGAUGGUGUUAGGACAGCCAAUUGGAUGCGUCGGGUCUUGCGCUGCAUUUGUUGAUAAGGCGGCCGAUGCGAUGAGCAAAGUUGUUGUUGGCUGCCUUGACGGUCGCGUACUGGAGGGGCGUACGAAAAGUUCGAGUCUCGUGGAGAUGUCUCCAAUCAAUGCCAUGCCGGCCUUCAGUAUCACAAACGACGUGUUGCCGCGUUCCAACUCGACGCAAAGAACAUCCGUUGAUGGCCCCGCGCAUCACGCCACUGUUGUCGCGGUGGCGCCUCACCCGCUCCAUGCCGACCCCCGCAUUAGCGAUACCGUGUUGACCGCUGCUGCUGACGGGA